GACGACAUACCCGCAUCAUACCCUGCUUCCGCCUGCUGCUAGCCGCUCGUGGCCACUGCUUCGGCUCCAAUGGUGUUUUUUGUCAAGACCUCCAGGACCCUGAGCUCGUCCGCUUCAGAUGAGUGUGAGUCGGGCAGCCACAGCAUGGAGGACAACUCGGAUGGCUUUUCCGACGAAUCCUCCACGCACAUGAGCCGCGUGGACUCAGACAUUGCUCACACGCGAACCAUUUACACCAGAAGUAGAACAAAGAUGGCUUUGAUGAGGCAUCACUUGUCAAAUGGCCAGCGAGUGCUACACAAGACGCGCUGCCGUAUUUCUGGAUCCUUCCUCAUGUUGGGCCUGAUUUGUUCAGUCUGCGUGAUCUUUGAGUUCUCGCGGCAAGAAAGCCUGGAAGAAUUGGGAAUGCUAAACAGCACCAAGUAUGUGGACCAGGCAAUAUUUGGUGCCCUCAUGUAUUUCUUCCAAAUCAUUUGCUGCUGCUUAGCACCCAUGGCGGACGACCCACGAUUGACGCGAUGGGCGCUCUUGCAGCUGUCCUUGGUUGGACUCUUGGCCGUGAUUUUCUUGGUUGGCCCGACCCUGGCGACCUACCUGGAUACCGUGGAGAAGCAAAACACUUCAGAAGGAGGUUGCCUUCAGCCGAGGUAUGGCAUUGACGCACCAAACAUGGUGUGUGACAUGAAGUUGGUUCAGCUUGUAAUGCGGACGUGCUCUUUGGCCCUACUGGUGAUCUCCAACUUCAUUGUGGUCUUCUGGGAUGAUACUGCCCAUAUGCAGAGGGCUAUGUGGGGUAUAGCCACAGUUUUCAUCAUGGUGGAGACUGGUGCCAUUGUGAUCUACUCUGUGACUGUGGCCAUUUUGAUGCACGUGCUGGAUCCAAUGUCCCUGCGUUUGGUUGGGAUGCUCCCAGCUUUGGCGGUGAGUCGGAUGAAGACCUUACGAAGCCGAGUUCAGAUGAUGAUCUCCGGCAUGGCACGCUACCGAAACAACCGUGCGGCCGCGGCUGGCAUCGCUGGGCUAGUUGGCAAUUGCUCUAUACACGAGGUGAUGGGCCAAGCGAAAAAACGAUUCCGCUCCGUGGACUUCUCAUUGCUCGACGAGAAUGAACUCGCAACCAACAGACCUAGUCCGGCCGUGUUUGCCCUUUCUCAAGCGGUGAAGCUUGGCUGCUGUGAUGCCUUCGUGUCACAUUCCUGGCACGAUGAUGCUCCAGCCAAAUGGGUGGCCAUGAAUUGGUGGCGAUCUAAAUUUGAGCGUGAUAGGAGGAGAGGGCCUCAUAUUUGGCUCGACAAGUGCUGCAUCGACCAGAACGAUAUUGAGGCGGACCUCCGCUGUUUGCCGAUUUUUCUUUCCGGCUGCGCUGAGCUGGUAGUCUUUUGUGGCCCCACUUACCUAUCUCGACUAUGGUGUGUGAUGGAGCUUUUUACUUUUGUACAUAUCGGUGGCAACGUGUCUGAGAUCAAUGUUAUCCCAGUCUUGCGUCGAGGCCACGAAUUGGAGGAUCGUUCUGCAAUGCGACAGUCCUUCUUGGACUUUGAUGUGGUCAAUUGCGAAUGUUUCAACUCGGCGGACAAGGAGAAGAUGUUGGAUAUCAUCCAAAUGGCUUUCGGAGAUCUCCUAAACUUUAACGAGGCGGUGCGGUCCGUUCUUCAUGCCAUUGAUUGGAUGCGCACCUGUCCAAGAGAGUGGAUUGCUGGUGAGCAGGCAUUUGAGGUGCCACCAGACAGUCCCAUUCCAUCAAUUCCUUCUCCCGUCGGAGUGCAGCACCUGCCGGAAGAUAGUCCGAUUCCAUCGAUGCCUUCUCCCAAGGAGUACCAGUGGCUUAACUAGAGCACAGUAGCAAGCGUUGCUUGCUGCGCUUGCGGGUGGCAAGCACAGAGUCAGAUAUGCACUCAUUUUGAAACUUCUUGGAACUUCUGCAAAGGCGUCCUUUGACAUUUGAGAG